AUGGCCAGUGGCAGCUGCCAGGGGUGCGAGGAGGAGGACGAGGAAGCUCUGAAGAAACUGAUAGUCAGGCUGAACAAUGUCCAAGAAGGAAAACAGAUAGAGACGCUGGUCCAAAUCCUGGAGGAUAUGCUGGUGUUCACUUACGCCGACCACGCCUCCAGGUUAUUUCAAGACAAAAAUGUCCACGUGCCUCUGUUGAUCGUCUUGGACUCGUAUAUGAGAGUCGCUAGUGUGCAGCAGGUGGGUUGGUCACUUUUAUGCAAAUUAAUAGAAAUCUGUCCAAAUACAAUGCAAAGCUUAAUGGGACCCCAGGAUAUUGGACAUGAUUGGGAAGCCCUUGGGAUUCACCAACUGAUUCUUAAAAUGCUCACAGUUCAUAAUGCCAGUGUCAGCCUGUCAACAGUUGGAUUGAAGGCCUUAGAUCUUCUCCUAACUUCAGGUAAAAUCACUUUGCUGAUACUGGAUGAAGAAAGCGAUAUUUUCUUGUUAAUUUUUGAUGCCAUGCGCACAUUUUCAGCCAAUGAUGAAGUCCAGAAACUUGGAUGCAAAGCUUUACAUGUGCUGUUUGAGAGAGUUUCAGAGGAGCAACUGACUGAAUUUGUUGAGAACAAAGAUUACGUGAUCUUGCUGAGUGCAUUAAAGAAGUUUAAAGAUGAAGAGGAAAUUGUGCUUCAUGUACUGCACUGUUUACAUUCCCUAGCAAUUCCUUGCAGUAAUGUUGAAGUCCUCAUGAGUGGCAAUGUCAGGUGUUAUAAUAUUGUGGUAGAAGCCAUGAAAGCAUUCCCUGUCAAUGAGAAAAUUCAAGAAGUGAGUUGUUGCUUGCUCCAUAGACUUACAUUAGGUAAUUUUUUUAAUAUCCUGGUAUUAAACGAGGUGCAUGCAUUUGUGGUGAGAGCUGUACAGCAGUAUUCCGAGAAUGCAGUCCUGCAAAUCGCAGCACUCAGCUCUUUAGCUCUCCUCACUGAGACCAUUUUCUUAAAUCAAGACUUAGAGGAAAAGAAUGAGAAUCAAGAAAAUGAUGAUGAGGAAGAAGAUAAAUUGUUUUGGCUGGAAGCCUGUUACAAAGCAUUAACGUGGCAUAGGAAGAACAAGCACGUGCAGGAGGCUGCAUGCUGGGCCCUAAACAAUCUCCUUAUGUACCAGAACAGUUUACAUGAGAAGAUUGGAGAUGAAGAUGGCCAGUUCCCAGCCCACAGGGAAGUGAUGCUGUCCAUGCUGAUGCACUCUUCAUCGAAAGAAGUCUUCCAGGCAUCUGCAAAUGCUUUGUCAACUCUGUUAGAACAAAACGUUAAUUUCAGAAAAAUCCUGUUGUCAAAAGGAAUAUAUCUAAAUGUAUUGGAGUUAAUGCAGAAGCAUAUACAUUCUCCUGAAGUGGCUGAAAGUGGCUGUAAAAUGCUAAACCAUCUCUUUGAGGGAAGUAACACUUCCCUGGAUACAAUGGCAGCAGUGGCCCCCAAAAUAAUAACAGUUAUGAAGAGUCAUGAGACAUCAUUAUCAGUGCAGCUGGAGGCACUUCGAGCUAUUUUACAUUUUAUAGUUCCAGACAUCACAGAAGAAUCCAGGGAAGAUACUGAAUAUCAACAUAAACUAAAUAUGGUGAAAAAACAGUGUUUCAGGAAUGAUAUUCACAAAUUGGUCCUGGCGGCUUUGAACAGGUUCAUUGGAAAUCCAGGGAUUCAGAAAUGCGGAUUAAAAGUAAUUUCUUCUCUAGCAUAUUUUCCUGAUGCGUUAGAAGUAUUAUCCCCGGAAGGUGCUAUUGAUUCUGUGCUUCACACGCUGCAGAUGUAUCCAGACGACCAAGAAAUUCAGUGUCUGGGUUUAAGUCUUAUAGGAUGCUUGGUUACAAAGAAGAACUUAUGCCUAGGAACUCAUCUGCUGGCAAAAAUUUUGAUUUCCAGUUUACAGCGGUUUAAGGACAUUGGUGAAGUACAGAUUAAAGGAUUUCAGACAAUUUUGACAAUACUGGAAAUGUCAGUGUCUUUUUCCAAGCUGCUGGUGAAUCAUUCCUUUGAUUCAGUAAUUUUCCAUCAGAUGUCCUCUGGUAUGGAGCAAAAGGAUCAACAGUUUCUAAACCUUUGUUGUAAGUGCUUUGCAAUAGUGGCUAUGGACGAUGAGUUGAAAAGUGUGAUGCUGGAGAGAGCAUGUGAUCAGAAUAACAGCAUCAUGGUCGAAUGCUUGCUUUUAUUGGGAGCGGAUGUCAAUUGUGCAAAAGAGGCAACUUCUUUAAUUUAUCAGGUAUGUGAGAAAGCAAGUAGUCCCAAACUGGUGGAACUGUUACUGAAUAGUGGAUCCCGUGAGCAAGAUGUACGGAAAGCUUUGACAAUCAGCAUUGGAAAAGGCGACAGCCAAGUCAUCAGCUUACUCUUAAGGAGGCUCGCCUUGGAUCUGGCCAAUAAUAGCAUAUGUCUUGGAGGAUUUUGUAUGGGAAAAAUCGAACCUUCUUGGCUUGGUCCUUUAUUUCCAGAUAAGACAUCUAAUUUAAGAAAAGAAACAAAUGUAGGAUCCACCCUAGCUAGAAUGGUGCUUAGAUAUCAGAUGAAAAGUGCUGUGGAAGAAGGAGCCGCUUCAGGCAGCAGAAGGAAUCUUUCUGAAGAAAUACUUGAUAAAUUUGAUGAAUGGACCUUUAUUCCUGACUCUUAUGUGGAUAGUGUGUUUGGUCAAAGUGAUGACCUAGAUAGUGAAGGAAGUGAAGGCUCAUUUCUUGUGAAAAAGAAAGCAAAUUCAAUCAGUGUAGGAGAGUUUUACCGAGAUGCUGCCUUGCAGCGUUGCUCACCAAAUUUGCAAAGACAUUCCAAUUCAUUGGGACCCAUGGUUGAUUAUGAAGAUUUGCUGAAGAGAAAAAGAAAGAUACUAUCUUCAGAUGACUCACUCAGAACAUCAAAACUCCAAUCACAUGUGAGGCAUUCAGACAGCGUUUCUUCCUUGGCUUCUGAGAGAGAAAACAUUACAUCAUUAGACCUCUCAGCGAAUGAACUAAAAGAUAUUGAUGCCCUGAGCCAGAAAUCCUGCAUCAGUGGUCAUUUGGAGCAUCUUGAAAAGCUGGAGCUUCACCAGAAUGCACUCACGAGCUUCCCACAACAGCUAUGUGAAACUCUGAAGUGUUUGACACAUUUGGACUUGCACAGUAAUAAAUUUACAUCAUUUCCUUCUUACUUGUUGAAAAUGAACUGUAUUGCCAACCUUGAUGUCUCUCGAAAUGACAUUGGGCCCUCUGUGGUUUUGGAUCCUGCUGUGAAGUGCCCGACCUUGAAACAGUUUAACCUGUCCUACAAUCAGCUGUCUUCUCUUCCUGAGAACCUCAGUGAUGUGGUAGAGAAACUGGAACAGCUCAUUUUAGAAGGAAAUAAAAUAUCAGGAGUAUGUUUGCCUUUGAGCCUGAAGGAACUGAAGAUUUUAAACCUUAGUAAGAACCGCAUUUCAUCUUUCUCAGAGGACUUUCUUGAGGCUUGUCCUCAAGUGGAGAGUUUAAGUGCCAGAAUGAAUUUUCUUGCUGCUAUGCCAUUUUUGCCUUCAUCCAUGACAAGCCUAAAAUUAUCUCAAAACAGAUUUACAUGUGUUCCAGAAGCAAUUUUAAAUCUUCCACACCUACGGUCCUUAGACAUGAGCAGCAAUGAUAUUAAAUAUCUACCAGGUCCUGUGCACUGGAGAUCUAUGAACUUAAGGGAACUCUUGUUUAGUCAUAAUCAGAUCAGUACCUUGGACUUGAGUGAAAAAGCAUGUGCAUGGUCUAGAGUAGAGAAACUACAUCUUUCUCAUAAUAAACUGAAAGAGAUUCCUCCUGAGAUUGGCUGUCUUGAAAAUCUGACAUCGCUUGAUGUUAGUUGCAACUUGGAACUGAGAUCCUUUCCCAAUGAAAUGGGGAAAUUAAGCAAAAUAUGGGAUCUUCCUUUGGAUGAUCUGCAUCUUAAUUUUGAUUUUAAACAUAUAGGAUGUAAAGCCAAAGACAUCAUAAGGUUUCUUCAACAGCGGUUAAAAAAGGCUGUGCCCUAUAAUCGAAUGAAACUUAUGAUAGUGGGAAACACUGGGAGUGGUAAAACCACCUUAUUACAGCAAUUAAUGAGAAUCAAGAAAUCAGAUCUUGGUAUGCAAGGUGCCACAGUUGGCAUAGAUGUGAAGGACUGGCCCAUCCAAAUAAGAGGCAAAAGGAAGAAAGACCUCAUUCUAAAUGUGUGGGAUUUUGCAGGUCGUGAGGAGUUCUACAGCACCCAUCCCCACUUUAUGACCCAGCGAGCUCUGUACCUUGCUGUCUAUGACCUAAGCAAAGGGCAAGCUGAAGUUGAUGCCAUGAAGCCUUGGCUCUUCAAUAUAAAGGCUCGUGCUUCUUCUUCCCCUGUGAUUCUUGUUGGCACACAUUUGGAUGUUUCUGAUGAGAAGCAGCGCAAAGCCUGUAUAAGUAAAAUCACCAAGGAACUCUUGAACAAACGCGGGUUUCCUGCAAUCCGGGAUUACCACUUUGUAAAUGCCACCGAGGAAUCAGAUGCUUUGGCAAAACUUCGGAAAACCAUCAUAAAUGAGAGCCUCAAUUUCAAGAUCCGAGAUCAGCCUGUUGUUGGGCAGCUGAUUCCAGACUGCUAUGUAGAACUUGAGAAAAUCAUUUUAUCAGAGCGUAAAAAUGUGCCAAUUGAAUUUCCUGUAAUUGACCGGAAACGAUUAUUACAACUCGUGAAAGAAUAUCAGCUGCAGUUAGACGAAAAUGAGCUUCCGCAUGCAGUUCACUUCCUAAAUGAAUCAGGUGUCCUUCUUCAUUUUCAAGACCCAGCGCUGCAGUUAAGUGACUUAUAUUUUGUGGAACCCAAGUGGCUUUGUAAAGUCAUGGCGCAGAUUUUGACAGUGAAAGUGGAAGGCUGUCCAAAAUAUCCUAAGGGAAUUAUUUCCCGUAGAGAUGUGGAAAAAUUUCUUUCAAAGAAAAAGAGAUUUCCGAAGAACUACAUGUCACAGUACUUUAAACUUCUAGAAAAAUUCCAGAUUGCCUUGCCAACAGGAGAAGAAUAUUUGCUGGUUCCAAGCAGCUUGUCUGACCACAGGCCUGUGAUAGAGCUUCCUCACUGUGAGAACUCUGAAAUUAUCAUUCGACUCUAUGAAAUGCCUUAUUUUCCAAUGGGCUUUUGGUCAAGAUUAAUCAAUCGAUUACUUGAAAUUUCACCCUACAUGCUUUCAGGAAGAGAACGAGCACUUCGCCCAAACAGAAUGUAUUGGCGACAAGGCAUCUACUUGAAUUGGUCUCCUGAAGCUUAUUGCCUGGUAGGAUCUGAAGUCUUAGACAAUCACCCUGAGAGUUUCUUAAAAAUUACAGUUCCUUCUUGUCGAAAAGGCUGUAUUCUUUUGGGCCAAGUUGUGGACCACAUUGAUUCUCUCAUGGAAGAGUGGUUUCCGGGGUUACUGGAGAUUGAUAUUUGUGGUGAAGGAGAAACUCUGUUGAAGAAAUGGGCAUUAUAUAGUUUUAAUGAUGGUGAAGAGCAUCAAAAAAUCUUACUUGACGACUUGAUGAAGAAAGCAGAAGGAGGAGACCUUCUAGUAAAUCCAGAUCAACCAAGGCUCACUAUUCCAAUAUCUCAGAUUGCCCCUGACUUGACUUUGGCUGACCUGCCUAGAAAUAUUAUGUUGAAUAGUGAUGAACUGAAAUUUGAACAAGCUCCCGAGUUUCUCUUAGGUGAUGGGAGUUUUGGAUCUGUUUAUCGAGCAACCUAUGAAGGAGAAGAAGUGGCUGUGAAGAUUUUUAAUAAACAUACGUCACUUAGACUGUUACGACAGGAGCUGGUGGUACUUUGCCACCUCCAUCACCCCAGCUUAAUAUCUUUGCUGGCGGCUGGGAUUCGUCCUCGGAUGUUGGUGAUGGAACUCGCCUCCAAGGGUUCACUGGAUCGCCUGCUUCAGCAAGACAAAGCCAGUCUCACCAGAACACUGCAGCACAGGAUCGCGCUCCACGUGGCCGAUGGCUUGAGAUACCUUCACUCAGCCAUGAUUAUAUACCGUGACUUGAAGCCCCACAACGUGUUGCUUUUCACCCUGUAUCCCAAUGCUGCCAUCAUCGCCAAGAUUGCUGACUAUGGGAUUGCUCAGUACUGCUGUAGAAUGGGGAUAAAAACGUCAGAGGGCACACCAGGGUUUCGUGCACCUGAAGUUGCUAGAGGAAAUGUUAUUUAUAACCAACAGGCUGAUGUUUAUUCAUUUGGUUUGCUACUCUAUGACAUUUUGACAACUGGAGGUAGAAUAGCAGAGGGUUUGAAGUUUCCAAAUGAGUUUGAUGAACUGGCAAUACAAGGAAAAUUACCUGAUCCAGUUAAGGAAUAUGGUUGUGCCCCAUGGCCUAUGGUUGAGAAGUUAAUUAAAAAGUGUUUAAAAGAAAAUCCUCAAGAAAGACCUACUUCUGCCCAGGUCUUUGACAUUUUGAAUUCAGCUGAGUUAAUCUGUCUGAUGAGACGUAUGUCAAUACCUAAAAACUUCAUUGUCGAAUGCAUGGUUGCCUCGAAUCAUAACAGCAAGAACGCAAGCGUUUGGCUGGGCUGUGGGCACACUGACAAAGGACAGCUCUCAUUUCUUGACUUAAAUACGGAAAGAUAUACUUCUGAGGAAGUUACUGAUAGCAGAAUACUGUGCUUAGCCUUGGUGCAUCUUCCUCUUGAAAAGGAAAGCUGGAUUGUGUCUGGAACACAGUCUGGUGUGCUCCUCGUCAUCAAUACUGAAGAUGGGAGAAAGAGGCACACCCUGGAAAAGAUGACCGACUCUGUUACUUGCUUGUAUUGCAAUUCCUUUUCCAAGCCUAGCAAGCAAAAAAAUUUCCUUUUAGUGGGAACUGCUGACGGCAACUUAGCAGUUUUUGAAGAUAAAAGUGUUAAGUGUAAAGGAGCUGCUCCUUUGAAGAUACUCAGCAUAGGAAAUGUCAGUACUCCACUGAUGUGUUUGAGUGAAUCCAUGAAUUUAACUGAAAAAAACAUUAUGUGGGGAGGAUGUGGUACAAAAGUUUUCUCGUUUUCUGAUGACUUCACCAUUCAGAAACUCAUCGAGACCAGGACAAAUCAACUGUUUUCUUAUGCAUCUUUCAGUGACUCCAACAUCAUAGCAGUGGUGGUAGACACAGCUCUUUACAUUGCUAAGAAAAAUAGCCCUUUUGUGGAAGUUCGUGACAAGAAGACUGAAAAACUCUGUGAACUAAUAGACUGUGUGCACUUUUUAAAGGAGGAACUGGCCAAAGCAAACAAGGAAUUGAAACACAAACUGUCUUAUUCUGGGAGAGUGAAAACUCUCUGCCUCCAGAAGAACACUGCUCUCUGGAUAGGAACUGGUGGAGGCCAUAUCUUACUCCUUGAUCUUUCAACUCGUCGAAUUAUGCGUAUAAUUCACAACUUCUGCGAUUCUGUCAGAGCCAUGAUGACCACACAGUUAGGAAGCCUUAAAAAUGUCAUGCUGGUUUUGGGGUAUAACCGGAAAAGUGCUGAAGGUAUUCAACACCAAAAAGAGAUAGAGUCUUGCCUGUCUAUUUGGGACAUCAAUCUUCCACAUGAAGUACAAAAUUUGGAAAAACAUAUUGAAGUGAGAAAAGAAUUAGCUGAAAAAAUGAGAAGAAUAUCUGUUGAAUAAAAGGGAUCUCAGAAAUCUUUAUCUUUGGAUGGGAAAACUAUUGUCUUCUCUUGUAAAUAUUUCUUUAAAAAUGUUUACAUAUGAAAAAGGUAUUUCCACUAUUUGUUGAUUGCUAAUGUGUAUAUGAAGGAAUGUUUAUAGGUUUUAUUUUGUAAAAAUGUAUAAAAUAGUUACCAGUGAAAGUAUAUUUUAAAGAACUGUUUAAAAUGUAACAUUUCCUACCUACCUAAUUAAUUUUGCUGAUUAAGUAACAAAAGGAAAUCUAAUAAGUGCUUGAUUAUAGUACUCCUAUUGAAAUUUACAAAGUGGAUAGUUUUUUGUUUUGCUAUUCCUAAUGAAGGUAAACUUUAUUUUAAAUUCUGUGAUUAAGACAGGUCUAUUGCUGAGUUAUUUUCUAGAUAUUCUGCAAAGUAGAAUAAAAAUAUUAAGACAGUUUCACAUGUAAUACAUUCCUUCUUAGACUGCAUUUUUUUUUUCUUUUUAUGGCCACACCUGUGGUAUAUGGAAGUUUCCACGCCAGAGGUCAAAUUGGAGCUGCAGCUGAGGCUCACACCACAGCCACAGCAAUGCUGGAUCUGAGCCACAUCUGUAAGCACAGUUUGUGGCAACACUGGAUCCUUAACCCACUGAGCGAGGCCAGGGAUGGAACCUGCAUCCUCACAGAGACUGUCAGGUUCUUAACCUGCUGAGUCACAGUGGGAACUCCUUAGGUUGCUUUUAAAUGCAGUUAUCACAUACUCUUAUAAAUAGUCAAAGAAUUUGCACUAAUAAAGGCCUUGUUAGGACAUGAGUUCUUAUUGCUGACGCAAGCAGUGCAUCUCACUCAACUUUAUCUAAAAGAAAACACCAUGAAAUUUGCUGAUAAGAAAGCAUAGAUAGCAUAUUGUCAGAGUCCUUGUAUUCAGAAAGACAUAACCACUCUCUCUUUUUCAAUUUUUCAGCCCUGUCUUUGAUAAAUAAAACCCUGAGGUAUUAUAAUUGGUGUAAAUACAAUGUUCAGUCCUUCAAGUGAUAUUUUUAUGUUUUAAUUUUGAUUCUCAGUGCUAAGCCAGGUUCCUAAUCUUCUUCACUCUAAACAUCUCUACUCAUCUUCUUCCUAAAUUUGUGACCCUGCAAAUCCUGUAUCAUUUAGGUAGAAACAAACCAUUUUCAGAAUUAGAGAAUUCUGCAACUCCCACCAAGACCCUGGGGACCAGAAUAUAAAACUCCAGUUUGCUGAAGAAGGGAGCUUUAGCUAUGACCGGUACCUGCUAACCUAGUCUUCUAAAUUAUACUUAAAUUUUAAAAAUAAAUUCCUGUGGUAGAAUUGUCAAGGCCAAGUAUCUUGUAGUAAUCUGUGUCAUUUCUGCUUUAAGAAAAAAAUAUUUUUGGUAAAUCUGUUGGCCCUGACCAGUAUUUAUCAUUUCAAACAAUUCCCUAUGAUAGGAAAACUAGCCCGUUUAUUCCCAUCAAUUCUCAGAACUGAGAAUUUCAUUAUAUGAAGACUUUAAAUAUCUUUAUCUUAAGGGUAAUUAAAUUAUUAACCCUGAGUCUCUGUUUUUCAAAGGACCUAUGUUUUAUUUUAUUAUGUAGUUCAAAAAAAGUAAGAAAUGAUGGAGCUGAUAUUGGUUCCUGUGAUAUUUCUCAUUGUUCUUUUGUAUUUAUACACAAUUUUUAAAAAUAUAAUUGUGGAGGAAUAUUUAAAUGAACAUUGUAUUUAAAUGAAAUAAAAUUUUUCAAAGCA